AAUGUACAUUUUAGCUGUUUGGACCUACUUUGAAAUGUUUGUAUGAAAACUUUGCCAUAUUUUUCUCCCUUUUCAUCUGACGUAAGUCCGUCGUCAGUACGUGACGCUGCGUCUCUUUGUUGGCUUAGCAGCGGCGACGUUUUGUUGUUAUUUUCGCUGCAGCCGAAAAACAGGCUCGGAAAUUUUUCUUGUUCGUGUUGUUCCGCAACCUGCUACUCACACUUUAGACCUUUAGGUGUGCGAACAACAAGCUGGUAAACACCCCAGGAAUGGACUCAGACGAGGGUUAUAACUAUGAAUACGACGAAGAAGACGAAUGCAGCGAGGACAGCGCCGAAGAGGAGCCCGAGGACGACACCCUGGACCUCGGUGAGGUUGAGUUGGUCGAACCCGUGGUGGCGGUCGGGGAACGAGACGAGAGCGGCGAGACUGGUGUAGGGGGCCACGGUCCUGGUGAAGAAGAGGAGGAAGACUACCGCUUCGAGGUUUUGACUGCUGAGCAGAUCCUUCAGCAUAUGGUGGAGUGUAUCAGGGAGGUCAACGAGGUCAUCCAGAAUCCUGCAACAAUAACACGCAUCCUUCUUAGCCACUUCAACUGGGAUAAAGAAAAGCUUAUGGAAAGAUAUUUUGAUGGUAAUUUGGACAAGCUUUUCUCUGAGUGUCACGUCAUCAACCCCAGUAAGAAGCUUCAAAGGCGUCCUCCAAUCAAUACUAGAUCAUCUGCACAGGACAUGCCAUGUCAGAUCUGCUACCUGAAUUUCCCCAACUCGUUCUUUACAGGCCUGGAAUGUGGACACAAGUUCUGCAUGCAGUGCUGGGGAGAUUAUUUGACCACCAAAAUCAUAGAGGAAGGAAUGGGACAGACUAUUUCUUGCCCUGCUCAUAGUUGUGACAUUUUGGUUGAUGACAACACAGUCAUGCGCCUCAUAACAGACUCUAAAGUGAAGUUGAAGUACCAGCAUUUAAUCACGAAUAGUUUUGUAGAGUGCAAUCGACUGUUAAAGUGGUGCCCUGCACCAGACUGCCAUCAUGUUGUCAAAGUCCAGUACCCAGAUGCCAAGCCAGUGAGAUGCAAGUGUGGCCGUCAGUUCUGCUUCAACUGUGGAGAGAACUGGCAUGAUCCUGUGAAGUGUAAAUGGCUGAGAAAAUGGAUUAAGAAGUGUGACGAUGACAGUGAAACUUCAAACUGGAUUGCAGCAAAUACCAAGGAGUGUCCAAAAUGCCAUGUGACCAUUGAGAAAGAUGGCGGAUGCAAUCACAUGGUUUGUCGGAACCAGAACUGUAAAGCCGAGUUCUGUUGGGUCUGUCUGGGCCCAUGGGAACCUCACGGCUCCGCCUGGUACAACUGCAACCGUUAUAAUGAAGAUGAUGCUAAGGCUGCAAGGGAUGCUCAAGAGCGCUCCAGGGCAGCCUUGCAGAGGUACCUGUUCUACUGCAAUCGCUACAUGAACCACAUGCAGAGUCUGCGCUUCGAGCACAAGCUCUACGCUCAGGUGAAGCAGAAGAUGGAGGAGAUGCAGCAGCACAACAUGUCUUGGAUCGAGGUGCAGUUCCUGAAGAAGGCAGUGGAUGUUCUGUGCCAGUGCCGCUCCACGCUCAUGUUCACUUACGUCUUUGCCUUCUACCUCAAGAAGAACAACCAGUCCAUUAUUUUUGAGAACAACCAGGCAGACCUGGAAAAUGCCACUGAGGUGUUGUCUGGCUACCUAGAGCGGGACAUCUCCCAGGAUUCCUUGCAGGACAUAAAGCAGAAAGUUCAAGAUAAGUACAGAUACUGUGAGAGCAGGCGAAGAGUGCUGCUACAGCAUGUACAUGAAGGCUAUGAGAAGGACCUGUGGGAGUACAUUGAAGAUUGAGGACACGUCCCAAUGCAACGGACUAUUGAGUACCUUGAAAAACUAGAGCGCUGAUGCAAUUAAACAGGGCAGCACGAGCCUUCUGUCGUCCCUUCUUUGGCAACCAACCACUUUUGCAUCUUUUUUUUUUUGGAUUUGUUUAACAGAAACCUUAAAAUAAAUUAUAUUUAAAGAAAGUGUAGAGUAAUAAAAGAAAGUGUACUACAGUAUUGUUAGGAACUGAGUGGAGUCUUGAGAAAGCGGGAAAAGUCCAUCUUAAACUUCUGCAUCCUUUUGGCCUGUAUCGUAAUACUCCCCUAAACUAUCUUCUCUUAUUUUUUUUUUAUUAUUAUUAUUAUUUUGUUUGUGGACCUUUUUCUGUUUUGAGUUUGACUUUUUUUCUCAUUAGUGUGAAAAUGUUUUCAACAGCUUUAAUUGUCCUGGCCACGUCUGCAAUAUUUGGUGAAAUCCUGGCUCUGGGUGGCUGAAUAUUGAUGGGCUGAUUGUAAAGGGGCAAAGACAUUUCAGGAGGGAAAAAGGAGAAAAAACAGACAAAGAAAAGAACAAAUAGCAACUCUGUAUUUUUCAAUUUGUAAAUAGUCCAUAUGCAUGGAAGUUAAAGAGCAAGAGUGGCACGUGUUUGCAUAAUUUUGAAAUAUUUAUUCUUUACUGAUCUUGGGUGGAGAAAAAAAAUGGUGUGCUUUUGCCUUGUAGGUUGAGUCUGUUUACUUGCUCCAUAAAAUGUUGGCAAUAAGACAUUCAUCCUGUCACCCUCUGUCUCUUUAUCUGAGUGAGGACUCUGAUCUUCUCUGAUGAUCGGAUGAGUAACUCAGAGAAGCACACAGUCAAGGCAGCGAGGUUGGUUAUUUCACACACCGGCUCUGUUCCUUUACGCAGACGCUUUGCCGUUCCCUCAGUUGUUUUUAAAGAUGUUUGACAUUAUUAAUUAUUUGCAAGAGCCAAAUGAGUGACAUUCACUCCUUUCUCUAGUUUUCAUUUCCUGACACGGCUGGAGGCACUUGUGUUCAAAGCUCAGCUUGCACCUUUAGGGGUAGAAUGGGGUUGACAGAAUGUACAGACGGCACAGGGGGUCAGGUGUUGCCAGGACGACGCGGCUCGAUGAGACUGAACUUUGCUUUAAACCAGAUUGUGCAGAUGGACUUGAGUUAUCUAUUAGAAGAUGGGGAACUUCUUAAGGUUGCGGGGGUGUUUUCUAAUAUGCUUUAGCGAUAAUGACAGUAUUUUUUUUUUGUACGUGGGUUUCAGCGUUGAAAUGUCAGUGCCCCCUCCAGGCUUUUACAUUGUUCUACGUGGUUUCGGCUCUGGUCGUCCAGCUCUCUGCUUGUGAAUGCUCGUUCAUGUCUGCAGCGGGACAGUCUUCACGGGACUGACGGGAACGGACAUGAUUACUACAGGCACUGAUCCAAGUCAGAAAGAUGACACCAAAGCAUCGGCCAUCAUUAAUACACAUCCUUUUGCCCUAGUUUCAGCUCUUUGGGGAAUUUUCUCCCUCCUAAAAAAAAAGCUUCUUAUGUGUUCCAACUUAUUUUAUCCUAGCAAAUUAUAAACUGUGUUGUUUAUUUGAAUAAAUGUCAUAAGAAAUCUCUUUUUUUGGGAGUACUGUGUGAGUAAUUAGAGUAGGUUUGGUCUCAAGCAUAUUAACAGAAAAUCCAUCAUGUGUUUCUGGAGUAUGAGUUUUAGACCCUGGCAGAGCUGCGUCUUCCAGAAAAGCUUUUAUUUUGGCAAAAUUUAGGUUUAUUUUUUUUCUUUUUGGGGGUAAAAUAAAUGUUAGCUUUUUUGCACCUGGUUUUAUUUGCAGAUUGUACGUUAAAGAUGUUUUUAUGUCUGUAGAUCACAUUUUGUCUGGAGUCUUAACUGAUGAUGAUGCAAGAUAAAUGGAUCGAAGAUGGGCUUUUUAAAAUCUUUUAGUCUCAGCGUUGUCCUGCAGUAACUUUAACCUAGUCCGCUCUCUGGGGCUCACUCUUCACCGUCUAGUAGUUCACAACCAUUUCACCUUUUAAGUUUGAAGUUAAAGCAGCUACCUUCAUUAAAAAUGAGACAUCCAAAAACUUUGAAUACUUUUCUACAUAUCUUUUCUUUUAUGCUAUCAAAAAGUGUUUUAUUUCUUAAUAGUGUAAAGAUGUGGGGGAAAUUAGAUGUUUGUUUUGGAGAAAAAAAUAUUAAAGUGCAAGAUGUUGCAAAUGUU